AUGGAAGACAAUGACGAAGACAAAAACAAGACUGCCUCCACCAUUAUUGAAAUGUUAAAGGAGGCUGGAGUUUCCACUCACAGUCUAGAAGAAAAAGAACACAAGUUUUGGGACACUCAGCCAAUGGCACAUGGUGAAAAAGGAACUGAACUUCCCGAAGGCCCCGUUGUACCAGACAAAAAGCCCGAGGAAAUUAGACAAGAACCAUACAACAUGCCAGCUGGGUUUGAAUGGUCAACGGUUAACAUUACCAACCAAGAAGAAAAGAUGGAAUUAUAUACGUUGUUGGCAAACAAUUAUGUAGAAGAUGAUGACUCUCUAUUCCGAUUUGAUUACUCGCAAGAGUUCCUCGAAUGGGCCUUGACGCCUCCUGGGUAUUCCAAUGACUUGCUACUGGGAGUGAGGGCUUCCAAAACCAAAAAGCUUGUAGCAUUCAUCUCUGCCAUUCCUGCCAAUAUCAAGGUCCAAUCUACUGAUCAACUCAAAGUGGUUGAAAUCAACUUUCUAUGUGUCCACAAGAAACUACGAGCCAAACGAUUGGCACCCGUCCUCAUUAAGGAAAUCACUCGCCGCGUCAACCAAACAGGAGUCUUCCAGGCUGUCUACACGGCCGGCGUCGUGCUGCCGGUCCCCGUCGCCAGUGCUCGCUACUAUCAUCGAAGUCUCAAUCCCAAAAAGCUGGUCAAGGUGGGCUUUUCUCGGUUGAAUCCACGCAUGACCAUGGCCCGAAUGGUCAAGUUGUACAAACUUCCAGACCAAACGCGCAGCAAUUUGGUACCCAUGACCAAGGAUCACGUGGACGGAGUCCAUCACCUAUUGACCACUUACCUCGAAAAGAAUUUCAAGCUGCACGUGAACUUUACUGCGGAAGAUGUGGCGCAUUGGUUGCUCCCCCGCGACAAGGUCAUCAAUACCUACGUCUUGGCGGACAACAACGAUGGUGCCGUGACGGACAUGGUCAGUUACUAUCACUUGCCAUCCGCCAUUUUGGGUCUGGAUGAUACUCUGCACGCUGCUUAUUCGUAUUACAAUAUUGCUACCAGCAUGCCCUUGGAAGACUUGAUGCGCGAUGCUUUGAUUUUGGCCAACCGCACGGGAAGCGAUGUCUUUAAUGCACUCAAUCUAAUGGAGAAUGAAAGUAUUUUGGAAGAACUCAAGUUUGGAAAGGGGGAUGGUAACUUGCAAUAUUAUGUUUACAACUGGAAUGCACCAUCCAUGAAACCAGCUGAUGUUGGGAUCGUCUUGUUGUAA